UCCACCCACACACAGAAUGAGUAUACGAAAUAUUUAGAGAGCAAGUUUGUCUUUGUUUCUGGUGUUAUGUUACUAUUUUGUUUCCUCUUCAGAAGCCCCGCCAAAUGAUGGCCACGCUUUGCGACGAAGACUCAAUGGCGGUGGUGAUAGCGAUCUUGAAGAUGAACGUGAGCAUUGACAACAUCAGUCAGUGUGAGUCGAAGGGGGGCUCUCCCGCCGUGAGUUUCAUUCAGGAGUUCUACUCCUACUUCACCCCCAUCGUCCUGGUGAUCGGACUCACCGGCAACCUCCUGUCUCUGCGUGUGUUCAUGUCGCGUAACAUGCGCAAACUGUCGGCCAGCACGUACCUGGCGGCGCUCUCGCUGUCGGACAUCUUUGCGCUAUUGUUCUACGUCCUCGUCGAGUGGCUGCGGCGAGGGAUGCCGGAAAUCUCGGGCGGCGUCGUGCCCCACUUCCUGGAGACGCAGGGCGUGUGUCAGCUGUCGCUCUACCUGUCCUACGUCAGCCGGUUCCUGUCCGCGUGGUUCGUCGUCACCUUCACUGUGGAGCGAUACAUCGGAGUGUGUCACCCACUGCGGCGGAAGGAUAUAUGUGGAAGUAAGUCCGCGCAGAAGGCUAUCGGCAGUGUCCUGGUGAUCGGGUUGUGUGUGUUGAUCUACAAGCCAAUUAUCAGCGGAGUCUACCAGAUCGGCCCCACGAAAGGCUCACGCUGCACAUUCGACCCGAACCUCAAGUUCCUCUCGUUCGUGCUCGACAACAUCUUCGCCGUUUCCAUCACCUUCGUGCCCUUCCUCAUCAUCUCCGUCCUCAACACCCUCAUCAUCCGAAAGCUGUGUCUGCGGUCGCGCAUGCACCGCGAAUGUAACAUCAUUACUGAGGAGAGCAUCAUCCGCCUCGAGUUCACCGUCAUCCUGCUCGUCAUUUCGUUCGUGUUCGUCAUGCUCAACCUUCCUUUCUUCUGCGUCUGGCUUAAGGUGUUCCUGCUGUCGGAGAUGACCUCCGCGGCACAGCUGGCGAAUAACUUCACGGGUCUGCAUGACGCACUGCUCUUGACGCGCGUCAUCUUCUACAUGAACUACUGCGUCAACUUCUUCCUCUACAGCAUCACCGGCGCCUACUUCAGACGAGAGCUGCGCAUGCUAUUUAUCUACAAGAACAAAAGGUAA